UUUCCAAGCAGACUUUUCACAUGAUUGUACCUUCACUGCCUUGUAGAGGUUCCCCACCCCGGGAGACUAUCUGGUUACGUCAUAUUGAGCGUUCCCAUCCUCACGUGCCUCAUGAGGAGGACUCAAGGCCAACUCAGAAACCCGAAUUUAUGACGCAUCUUAGAAAUUUACAUCUGGAAGAAGGAGAACGCGCGAGUUUUGAGGCUCGACUCAUCCCUAUUGGUGACCCCACUAUGAAGAUAGAGUGGUUUGUGAAUGGAAGACUGUUAGAAGCAAGUUCCAGGGCGAUGACCAUUGAUAGGUUUGGCUAUGUUGCACUCACACUGCUACACGUUAACAGUGAAGAUUCAGGUACUUACCAGUGCCAGGCAAAGAACAUCGUAGGAGAAGCUAUUACUACAGCAACACUUCAUGUGAGCCCUCGUGCUGUAAUAGAAAGUACAGUUCAACACCCAGAAAGUUGGGAAGCAAUCCAGCAGUUGGAAGAUUGGGAACGUUAUAAACGUCACGAAUCAGUUGAUGAAUCUAUAUGUGCAGCUAAGCCUGUUUUCACCAAACCUUUAAACAACUUAGACAAUUUACAGGAAGGAGGUUUUGCCCAUUUUGAAGCCCAGAUAACUCCAGUAAAUGACUUCACAAUGACUACUGAGUGGUAUUUCAAUGGUCAGCCAUUAACAGCCAGCACUCGAAUGAGUACUGUUUUUAGUUUUGGAUACGUGGCGUUACAUAUUAAGUACCUUCGAGCUGAGGACUCUGGAGUUUACAUGUGCAAAGCAAUUAACCAGAAAGGAGAAGCAUUUUCAUCAGCAACGCUAAAAGUAAAGACUAUGGGAGAGGUUGUUUAUGAUCUGGGAUAUCCAGAACAACAACGGUACCAAGAAAAAAUUCAAGAACUCGAAGCCUGGCAGCAGCAACAGCGCCAACAGGUAGUGGUGGAAGAAGCUGUGCCCCAGACGGCGCCAGUGUUCCGAACACCUCUUAGAGAUGUAGUGGACAUCCAAGAGGGGAAAAUAGCACGAUUUGAAGCUCGUGUGGAACCAACUGGAGACUCCAACAUGCGAGUUGAGUGGCUGAAAGAUGGAAAACCUCUGGAAGCUAGCUAUAGAACGACAAUUUUCUUCAAUUUUGGUUAUGUUUCUCUGACCAUUCGUGGUGUUGACACACGGGAUUCGGGUACUUACACUUGUGUGGCAAUCAACAGUGUUGGAACAGCAAAAUCUUCAGCAACGUUAACUUGCCAAACCAAACAGGACGUAGUUUUGGAGAGCCAAUACCCUGAAGGCCUGGAGAAAAUACAGCAUCUCGAAGACAGUUCUCGCUUCCAACGAGAAACGUACGAGGAGACUACUGUCACCCAGCGACCAAAGUUCACCGAGCCUCUUGUGGGCAAGGACCUCCUGGUGGAGGGGCAGAGCGCUCACUUUGAAACCCGAUUGGAGCCGAUUGGGGAUCCUAGCAUGACUGUCGAAUGGUAUUUUAAUGGACGCCCCCUUACAACUGGCCACCGAUUCAAAACCUACUUUGAUUUCGGCUAUGUGGCUUUGGAUAUAUUGUAUGUGUUUCCUGAAGAUAGUGGUGAUUUCACAGUCACAGCCAGAAACGCAUUAGGAGAAGCCACCCAAUCAAAAACAAUAAGAGUCCAAA